AUGUCGUCUGUCGUAGGCUUCGACUUUGGUAAUCUCCAAUCCAAAAUUGCUGUAGCACGUAAUCGUGGUAUUGAUGUCAUUUGUAAUGAGGUUUCGAACCGAACUACACCGUCGUUAGUUUCAUUUGGUCCUAAAAAUAGAUAUUUGGGAGAAGCAGCCAAGACGCAGGAGAUUUCCAACUUCAAAAAUACAGUUGGGUCUUUAAAACGGCUUAUUAGUUACUCAUUUCAAGACAAUGAACUUCAUGAAGUCGAAAAGCAGUAUAUCAAUGCAGAAUUGGUAGAUGAAAAUGGUCAAGUUGCUGCCAAGGAUAUUACUUCCGCUGAGCUUAAAAUUCCAAUUUCUGAUGUUGUGAUUUCAGUUCCUGGCUGGUUCACAGAUGCACAACGCCGUAGGAUCCUUGAUGCGGCUGAAGUUGCCGGUCUAAACUGCUUGCGCUUGUUAAAUGAUAUUAGUGCGGCAGCAUUAGGUUAUGGUAUUACAAAGACUGACUUGCCCGAGGACAAACCUCGAAAUGUCGUAUUUGUAGACAUUGGUUACUCGAGUUAUAGCGUGGCAAUUGUUUCCUUUCUCAAGGGACAAUUAACAGUUAAAUCCACCGCUUACGAUAGACAUCUUGGUGGUCGAAAUUUUGACCAGAUUUUAAUAGACCAUUUUGCCGAAGUAUUUAAAGAGAAAUACAAGAUUGACAUAAAAUCAAAUUCAAAAGCAUUAUUUCGCCUUCGUGCAGGUGUAGAAAAACUGAAAAAAGUUCUUUCUGCUAAUGCUCAAGCUCCUAUUAAUGUAGAAUCAAUAAUGAAUGAUAUCGACGUCAGUUCUAUCAUUUCUCGUGAUGAAUUUGAAAAAUUAAGCGAAAAUCUUCUUAAUCGUAUAGAGGGACCACUUGAACAAGCGUUUAAAGAUUCAGGGCUUUCUUUGGAAGAUAUUCACUCAGUUGAAGUAGUUGGUGGAUCAACACGCAUUCCAGCUGUUAAAGAGAGAAUUUCAAAAUUUUUUGGUCAAGAACUCAAAUAUACUCUUAACCAAGAUGAAGCAGUUGCUCGUGGAUGUGCACUUCAAUGUGCUAUUCUUUCACCAGUAUUUAAGGUUCGCGAAUUUAGUGUUCAAGAUAUUACUUCUUAUCCUAUUAAAAUUACGUGGAAUAAAAUACCCGAAAUUCCUGAUGAAGAAUCCGAGCUUAUCGUGUUCCCAAAAUCAAACAACAUUCCAUCAACAAAAAUCUUGACAUUUUAUCGAAAGGAACCAUUUGACAUUGAAGCUCACUAUUCUGAACCACAUAAAACUCCGAAUACUAACCCUUGGAUUGGUAAAUUUUCUAUUAACCGAGUAACACCCACAGAAAAAGGAGAUUUAAGUAUAGUUAGGGUUAAGGCCAGACUUAAUAUGAAUGGAAUACUUUCCGUGGAUAACGCCCAUAUUAUGGAAGAACCUCCAAGUCUUCCUGUCAAGAAAGUGAAAAAGCUCGUAAAAAAGGGAGACUUGCCAAUCACUUCUUGUCAUAAUGGACUAGAAAAAUCGGUUAUCACACAAUUCAAGGAACAAGAAGUGGAAAUGAUCGUAUCAGAUAAGCUUGUGGCUGAUACAGAGACGCAAAAAAACGCGCUUGAAGAAUACGUUUAUGACACUCGAUCUAAAAUAGAGACGGUUUAUAGUGAAUAUGUUAAUCCUAACGAUAAAGAUAAUUUUCUUCAACUCCUUAAUGAUACUGAAAACUGGCUUUAUGAUGAAGGGGAAGAUGCCAGUAAAUCUGUAUACGUUGAAAAACUUGACCAGUUAAAAACGUAUGGAGGGCCCAUAGCUGAACGAUAUCGUGAAGCAGAAGAACGACCAAAAGCCGAGCAAUCAUUAAGAGAAAGUAUACAAUCAUUCAUUCUCAAUGCAUCUAGUAAUGAUGAAAGAUUUUCACAUAUUCCUGAAGAAGAAAAGAAGAGCAUUGUAGAAAAGGCAACAAAAAUAUCAGAAUGGUUAAAUGAGAAAUUGAAGGCACAAGAAAGUUUGCCAAAAUAUGAACCGCCAGCAGUUAUGUGCCGAGAAAUUUACAAGGAGCGCGAGGAACCCAAAUCUGAGGAACCCAAAACUGAAGAACCCAAAACCGAAGAAUCUAAAACGGAAGAACCCAAUUCUAAAGAAUCUAAUAUCGAAGAAGUUAAGCUUGAAGAAGUUACAAUGACACAAGAUACUCCUACAGAUGUUCAAAGUACGGACAAAACCAAAGGUGAAAUUAAAGAUAUUGAAGUUGAAGGUGGAAAUGGAGAUACGAUUAUGGCAGUUGAUUAA